CUAAAUUUCUCUCUCUGUCUUUAUAAUCAUAAGAUCGUUCUUCAACUUUCUCAGGGCCAAAAAAAAGAACUAUCCGAAACCCUCAAAUCCCAUAUUUAUUUUCGGUACUAUAACAUUUUCUUUCAAGCCCUUUCUUUGAUCCAUAGAGAAGGAUCCACUGUCAAAUCCAAAUCAGUGAGAGUAUUCCAUUAAAAAAGACGAAAAUGCCACUGUCGGCGACGGCUGAUACAAGCAAGACGGUGAAGCUGGAGAGGUACAACAGCUACCUCCGCAAGAUCCACAGCACAAAAGUUCUAAAGGCUUCUUCUAAAGUCCUUUUUCGAGCAACACUCCUCAUCGCCCUAGUCCUUGUCCUACUCCUCGCACUCAACUACCAUCCACACUCCGCAGCACACCCUCUCCACCGUCGUAGCUUCCUAUCCACCGGACUCUUCUCUUCCUCCUCGUCCUCCUCUCUAGGAGAAGGAGCCGCUUGGGAGAAGCGCGUGAGACAAUCCUCAACAGCAAAACGACAACAUGGCCUCUCCGUCCUCGUAACCGGAGCUGCCGGAUUCGUCGGAUCUCACUGCUCAAUCGCGCUUAGAAAACGCGGAGAUGGAGUUUUAGGAUUCGACAACUUCAACGACUACUACGAUCCAUCACUCAAAAGAGCGAGACAACAGCUCUUAGAGAAGAACCAAGUGUUCAUCGUGGAAGGAGAUCUCAACGACGGACCUCUCUUGCGUAAGCUCUUCGACAUCGUCCCUUUCACUCACGUCCUUCACUUAGCAGCUCAAGCCGGAGUUCGUUACGCCAUGAAGAACCCUCAGUCUUACAUCAGUUCCAACAUCGCUGGACUCGUUAACCUCCUCGAAGUAGCUAAAGCUGCUAACCCUCAGCCUGCGAUCGUAUGGGCUUCCUCUAGCUCCGUCUACGGACUCAACACCGAGAACCCUUUCUCUGAAGAACACAGAACUGAUCAACCUGCGAGUCUAUACGCCGCGACGAAGAAAGCAGGAGAGGAGAUAGCACACACUUACAACCACAUCUACGGUCUUUCUUUAACCGGACUCCGCUUCUUUACGGUUUACGGUCCAUGGGGAAGACCAGACAUGGCUUAUUUCUUCUUCACUAAAGACAUUCUCCACGGGAAGUCUAUCGACAUUUACCGAACUCAGGACAAUCAAGAAGUGGCGCGUGACUUCACCUACAUCGACGAUAUCGUUAAAGGAUGUGUCGGUGCGUUAGACACGGCCGAGAAGAGUACCGGAAGCGGCGGAAAGAAGCGGGGACCGGCUCAGUUACGUGUCUACAAUCUCGGGAACACGUCUCCGGUUCCCGUGGGGAGAUUGGUUUCGAUAUUGGAAGGGUUGUUAGGGACGAAAGCGAAGAAGCAUCUGAUCAAAAUGCCUAGAAACGGUGACGUGCCUUACACGCACGCGAAUGUGAGCUUAGCGUAUAGAGAUUUCGGGUAUAAACCGACGACGGAUCUCGCGGCGGGGUUGAGGAAGUUCGUCAAGUGGUACGUUAGUUAUUAUGGGAUACAGCCGAGGGUGAAAAAGGAAAACUCUCGCGCCGACGAAUCCGCUUGAUAAUUCCUCUCUCCUUCAUCAUCAUCAUCACAUGUUUGCUUUUCAUUUUACACAAAAAAAAAACAAUUAUUUACAGGAUAGAUUUCUGUAUUUUUCAGUUUCUAUUUUAAAAACGCAAAAAAAAUCAUUGUUUUUUUUUAUGGUGGUCCUUUGUUUAGGGGGAUCGGAGUGUGGGAAUUAAAUUGUUACAGCUGUAUGUUAUAGUAGAGGAACAUAAAGAAAGGGUAUAAUUGGGUUUAUUUAUGUAAUAAGUUAUGGGUUAUGAUCAUGCUGGAAAGUCUUUAGAGAGCAGAUCUUAGCCGCUGGAUUUUAUAAUCAAGGAAUGAAACCUGUGAUAACAUAAUUUUUUUUUCUCUUUUUAUUUUCUACCUUUUUGUCCUUCACUUUUUUUUCUGUUACUUUAAUAUGUUUUUUACUAUUUCAUGCCAAAUCCACGAAUGUUGAAUGUUGAGUAGAGAUGAAAUUGAAUUAAAGUAUUAAACCGAAAGUCUGUACCCUGGAACAAAAUCUCAAAACCGGAUUUGCCUUUGUCAAAAAUAACUUUAUAUCGUGUUUAUCCGAAUCUCAGUAAACCAAAAGAAAGGAAGAUAACCAUUGGCAUUGAACCCC